GCUGCCUCUCAUGAUCUACUCGUGAACUAGGGCAUUCUAUUCUUGCGCCAGCGAGUUGCAGUUUCUCCUCACUUCCUGUUAGGCACCGCUGAGUCAAAGCUGUGGGAGUCAACUGGAUUCGGUGCUCCGGCUCGGCGGUGCAGCAUCUCCUCCUCUUGGUUAGUUAUUUCUCGCAGUGUGCCCAUUAUCGUCAUACGUGUUUGUGUUAUGUCGCUGACUCUCAUGGGGUGCGUUUUACUGUAAUUAUCCUGAUCAACCCAUUAAGGAACAUAAGACAGAGCCAACUCCGAGGAAACUGAGCCAGUGGUCCUCCUUAGGUGUCACUGCUUGGGCACCAUCCCAGGGCUCGUCUUACUGCAAGUUCCAAGCUGUAAAUCCAUAAGGCUGCACGUCCCACAGAAGAUCUAGCUUGGAACAAAGUGUCGAGCUGGGAUAUUAAUAUGUUCCAAAGGAGAAGAUAGAUUCAUUUUCUUGGCUUGCUCUUAAAGACUGGAAACAGCCGGGCCUGUCAUUAUAUACACAGAGGAGUUUUUGUAUAUAAUUAGCUUUCUUUGGUAUGUGCCAAAGGGGCAAGAUGAGGUCCUAAUCUGAUUGAAUUUUUAUUAAUUUGUAAGCAUUGAAUUUGCAGUGCACUUAAAUAAGGCUCUGUUUUAGAGAGUGACAUUGUGCACCUUUCCUAUAUGCAUCACACAGGCACAUGUGAUGCACACUGGAUUCACUGGAUUUCAAUAGCAAUAAUAGCUGGACAUAUACCUCCCAUCCAAAAUGGAAUAUCGACAGUCAUCAGAGACCCUGCUCCAUGGAGAAUUCGGAGUCUACCCAUCCAAAGGUAUUCGCUAUGCACUUAGCUUGACCCACACAGGUCUCCAUAUCCAGAGACUGGUCCCGAAGCCUGAAGAUGACCAUCGCCUCGUUCUGCCGCUCAGUGACAUGGUGGGCUGUCACACUCUGCGCAGUCACAGUUCCGGGGAUAUGUUUGCCUAUUUUUCCAUUUAUUCCUAUCCGCUCAAGAAGAAAAAGGUCACCAUGGGACCUAGCCGCACCCGACAGAGGUUGGUUCGCACAUUCCGCGUAGAUGAAGAAUCGGAAUAUAACAGAAACCUUGCUAUUGCUGAGAAGUGGGCAACCGCUAUAAAGUGUUUGAUUCAGGAAAUUCCCAUAGGCAGUGAAACAGAAUUUGUUCCUGAGCUUCUGCCCAGAACCCGGAGGUUAAUGCUUUUGGUAAAUCCAUGUGGAGGAAGAGGGAAUGCCCUCCAGCAGUGUCAGAGCCACAUACUGCCCAUGCUGACGGAGGCAGAAAUCAGCUAUAAUCUCAUACAGACAGAGAGGCAGAACCACGCGCGAGAGCUAGUGCAAGGAAUCAGUUUGGAGCAAUGGGACGGUAUAAUUGUCAUCUCUGGAGACGGACUACUCUAUGAGGUUAUUAAUGGUUUGAUGGAACGCCCCGACUGGGAAGAUGCAAUAAAAAUGCCUGUGGGAAUUCUCCCCUGUGGCUCAGGAAAUGCCUUGGCGGGAGCGAUCAACUACAAUGCAGGGUUUGAUCAGGCAAUGGGGUCUGAGCUGCUGCUAAACUGCAUCUUGCUGCUGUGCCGUGGUACUGUUAUUCCUAUGGACCUGGUGUCUUUGACAACCUGCUCUGGAAUCCGUUCUUUUUCAUUCCUUAGUGUAGCCUGGGGUUUUAUCUCCGAUGUGGACAUAGAGAGCGAGAAGUACCGUCACAUGGGUUCAGCUCGCUUCACAGUAGGAACGAUGGUAAGGGUAGCCUCCCUGCGGACUUAUAGAGGCCGCCUUUCCUAUCUGCCAGUUUUGGAUGCCCAUCGCCCAAUUUGCAGGAGCAUCACUUUGUCUCCUAAUGGGAGUCUGGCUCCAUUUCAGCGCUCUCAGUUGCACCGUACCAUAUCAGACAUUGGACUGUGCGAGGAGAGGAAUGUGAUGUAUAAGCGCAGUUCUACUGCUCUUGACACAAAUGAGUUGCCCAGUUUUGAGUCACCUUCUCCAAGUUCACCUACAGCCUUGCACUCUUCCAGCUUCAACUUUGACUCUCUCUCGGAUGACCCUUCAUAUCAGGAUUCUGUGUAUUCCAAAGACUUAAAGCCUCAGAGGCACCAUCAGGUUAAUGGACCCAAGGACGACCUCUUGCCUUCUUUGGGGCAACCUCUGCCUAAGAACUGGAUAAUUGUUGAAGAUAAUUUUGUCUUAGUGUUGGCCAUUUAUCAGAGCCAUUUAGGGGCUGAUUUGUUCACGGCUCCAUUUUCCACUUUUGAUGAUGGUUUGAUCCACCUUUUCUUUGUAAAAGCAGGUAUAUCCCGGGCAGCCCUUGUGCGCCUCUUCCUAGCCAUGGAAAAAGGUACACACUUUGAGACGGAAUGUCCAUACCUCACCCACAUUCCUGUUAGAGCCUUCCGCUUGGAGCCUCUCACAAGAAAGGGAAUUAUUACUGUAGAUGGAGAGCGGGUGGAAUAUGGGCCUAUCCAGGCUCAGAUACACAAAGGACUAAGUAACCUUAUCACUGGAUCUUGCAAAGUCCGUUUGACUCCAUUCUAAUUGUUUUUUUAGUAGCCCCAGGCUAUGUCGUGCAAUAUAAUAUUAGCUCUAGCUUUCCUGAAGCUAAUAAUAGUUCUCAUUAUUAAGCAUACCACCUACAAGGGAAGUUUAGUAACAAUGAAAUUUAAGCAUGUGCCUAUCCAUUUCUAGUGCCAGCCACAAACAGGAGCAUGUACAAUGUAGUUGUAGGUUUCCUAUGUGUAGUUAGCUGCUUCUCUACCUUCUUGGACACAGAAAACCUAGAGGGAACUGAAUUAGGCCAAUGCAGUGGACCAUAUUGGCUCUUAAUACUCUCAGUUAAUGCUACAAUAUAAAGCUGGUAAUUUACGCCUACCUAUAAUGUCCAUCUGAGCUUCCUAUUAAUUUGCUAAUGACGCAAAAUGAAAUUCCUUGAAUGGGAGAUAGUAUGAACUUUAUUUCUUAGCAAAAAUAUGUACAUUGGUUUGUAUGUACAGGCUAUAGGCCAUAUUUAUUUAUGCAAGGGAGAUUCUCCAUCCAGUGGUGGUUUCAGUUCAGGUCUCUUGGAGCUUAAGCACAUCAUACCUUUCCUUUCUUUAUGUACAUGCAAAGCUAUACCUAGGGUAGGCUGCAUACAGAGUAACUGCAAGACUUCUACUCACACUUUCAAACUGCGUUAUCAGUCUUGCCGACGACGCAAGAGGCCAUGGCGCUUUACUGCGCCAUUAACUCCAGCUCUGACGACAUUUUGUUUUAAUGUCCUGUGAAAACUUGGGAGACACUUUUUUUUUUUCUCUCAUUCCAUUACCUUUUGGAUUUUAUUUAUGGGUUAAAUGUGCCAAAACCCUGGCCUUGUAGUUGUAAGCCUGAUGGCCAUAGCAUUGAUCUCUGUAAUGUGGAGUGUUUACAUAUCACAAAUUACUGACCCCCAUCUUAAUCGACUUUAAACUACAGGGUUGAGCAGGCAUCAUGAGACUGGUGAAUGGACCCCCACUAAAACCUCUAGGGAGUCAGCAGUCAUCAUGGAAUGGCAUCAUGCUUGUGAUGUGAUUUUAUGGUUUGGCCAACUGAUAGGAUCUCUAGACUUCAUCCAUCCAGCCUCCUGCCCCAAUUACACUCUGUCUUUCAGCCUUCCAGACAGUUUACUUUUUCUAUUAUGAAAUGCCUCAUGUGCUGUCUUCUGAGCAUGAAAGCUUUGCCCCAUUAGAUGCCCUUGCUGGGCAAUAUAAUAGUGCCUUUUUCAGUGUAGAAGUAUCUUGCACUGCAGACCAGUUGUGACUCUAAUUGGGAUGGCUUCAUAUUGUUUUCAGUCAUCCCUUUUGUUAUAAACACAAAGUGGCGGAAGGGCAAUUGUAUUAGGGAAAAGCAACAAAAUCCCUUGACUCGCAUGUCAUUUCCUUCUUUAGAGAGCUGCCAGUAAUGAGAUGAGGGCAGGAUGGCUUAGAGCAGAUUUAAGGGUCUUUACAUUGUUCAGAUUCUUUUUCAUAUUAAUAUGUACUCACACAUCUGUAACAGGAAGGCAAUUGUAUUCCUUUUAUAAACUAGCACCUUGUACGGUUUUAUAUAUGCAUGCUAAGCGGUUGGCACAUCCUUGCACCUCUGAAUGUGUGAAGCUGCAUGCAGGUUUUGUUUUUAGUAAAACAGGGAAAACGCAAGGUAAUGAGAUGGGUCUGUCUCAAUAAAGACAUGGAUAGAAAUUCUACACCUUAUGCAUUGGGCUUCUGUACCAGGCCAAGGCCACCACUAUCCUUUCACUCUGUGCCCUCAAACAUGUCCCCAGUGGCUCCCCGUUUUCUUCUCUUCUAAUUUACUGCACAUGCUCUGGGCUGCUGGGGAGCUUAGGGACCCACUCACACUAUACUGUAUAUAGUUUACAGAUGAAUUCAUAUUUCAAUGUUGAUGCGUAAUUUGCAUUACAUGGCAGCUUUUAAACCAAAUCACUCCAAUAGCAUUAGCUUUUAUGAAAGGUGUAACCUCACUUUCUGCCAAUAUUUUUAUGAUUUUCAGCGACCCCUUAAGCUCAGCUUUUUAACAGCAGCCCAGAGCACACUGGGCAUGUGCAGUGUCACUGACACUCCGUAGAUGGCCUAUCAAGAUAAGAAGGUGGGGAGCUGCUGUGGACAACUUUAAAAUACAAGGAGAUCAGCAACAGCACUCACUUAAAAUGUCCGGCACUUUGCCUUUUAUUAAACCACAGGCUGAUUGUGCAGAGAUGUCAAGUUUUUGGAGGGAUGCACCCUCCCUUCCUCACUAAGGCAGAGGUUGUCCCCAUGAAAUGCUGAAUUCACAUAUAUGGCGAUACCCAGGCAUCUGAAGCACCACCUAAGUUGGCAUGAAAAGGAAUGCAGGUGAGAACCCUAUAUACAAGCGGUAUGCAUUAAAGGCACGGAUCAUUACUGUUAUAAGGCUUUUAAACCCUUGAGCUGGUACAGUUAGUUCAGUAUAUAAAUUACAACAUCUAUAACUAUAUUUUUUAUUGUUCUAUAAUGAUAAAAUAGAGUUUAGUACAGGGAAAUAUCAACGCUAGCAUCAUCUUACUGUAUCUGUCUACAUGGUCUAUGUGGAAACCAAUAGGAGUCGCCCCUGUUAUUGUUAAUUCUGUUUAUGGUCUGUCUGGCUUUCUACACGCCCAUUAUGGAACACCCUUUAAUGUAUGGGCUGCUACCCAUUCUGCCCUCUUGACUAGAACAAGAGCCCUAUGGUAGUUUAUGGCCAUUGAGACAGUGGCAGAAUAGGCAAAAAUAUAAUUGCUAGCUGAGCCAGUAAUCUUCAUUUAAACUAUGGAAAGGGGAAGUAGAUAGACAUUAAGCUUUUAAAGGAAAACAAAAUCCCUAAUGUGUAGUAUAUUGCAUAAAACAGUCAAUAUGUAAAACCAUUUUCAUAAAAAAAAUUCAAAAAAGUAUGUGCUAUUGGGUAAUCCUAAAUAGAAAAUUGCCAUUUUAAGAAUUAAGGGCCGCCCCCUGGGAUCAUACGAUUCACUGUGCAAACCAAUAAACUAAGGGCACACAUACAUGCUAGGCCCCAACAGCCAAUGAAUGGACAAAGUUCUGCCUUUUUCUCCCACACUACUUCCUGUUACAGUUAGAGCUGCAUUAUUUCCUGUCGGCUCAAGUCAAAAAAUAUAAAAGAGAAUUAUUUAUUGAUAAUCUUUAACAGGCUGCAUAGUAUAUAUCAUAUUAUCUGUUGCAUAAGUAUUCAUCCUGGGGGGUAUAGUUUUCCUUUAAUGUUUUCAUUGGACAAAGCUAAAUAGAGAUUAAAGAAGGAAGGUUUGGUGGGUAAGGCAAAUAAUAAAAAUGGUCAUUCUGCAGCAUUUACUGUCUGGAAUAGUGGGAUCCAAUUUAACUGUGCCCAUUGCAGUUCAAGCCUGGGUAAAUAUUUCAUUAAUAUUGCUUCAUUCCAUUCAUAUUUUUGUUUUUACAGUUCUCAAAAUGUUUUUAGUGUUGAAUUAAUCUGAAAAUGAAACAAAUCUCAGAAAUAUGCAAAACUUUUCGCGUUCCAGUUGCUGCAGAAUUAAAACUCCUCCUAAACCUCCUGCUGAUCUGGAGUAGGGGAUUCUGGGAGUUGUAGUUCUUUAACACAUUGGUUGACCUAGUGUGGAAUGUUUGUAUUGUUUCCCAAAGGAAAUGUCUUUGUGCUUUCCCUCCUUGUUAUUAGCAGCCAGGAGACAUUGCUUGUAGAUGCCUCUGCGCAGAACAAUGUGAAUAUGAACUAAUGUGAAUGUGCAGCUUUUAUCAUUGUCUAAUAUAAAGCUCUCUCUGCCUGACCGUAGCCUUCUGUUUUUUC